AACACCAUCUCCUCCCCUUCCUGACCGCGCCGGAUCCCCUCUUGUCUCCGUUCAGUCGCAGACACGAGCCCGUCGCUACUCUGUUACACACUCGUUGAACUACUCUCUUUUCUCCCCCCUCUUUUCCCCCUUUCGUUCACCUUCACAUUUCGGUCGUUUUGGCGCCCCCGCCCUUCGACUUGCUCUUCUCUCCACACUCUCUUCCUCACCCCACCCUCCUUCACAAAGCACUUUAGACAUGCGGACCAGCACUUUCUUUUCGUUUCUCGUCGCAGCUUCCCUCUCGGUCGCUGCGCCUGUGCCCAAGGCAGAUGUAGCCGUCGAGCAACUCGGCUCGAGGGCCACGCUGCCGGACAUCAUCAACGUCAACGUCAAGAACCUGUACCCCGAAGACGGUGUCUAUGACUGGGACCGUCAGAUCUACUACCAGUCGAACCUCUGGAAGGGCCUUAUCUCGACGUGGAAGCGCACCGACUCGUCGCACUUCAACGUCAAGAUUGACGGUGUCUCUUCGUCGGGCGACGGAUCCCAGCAGAUGGCUGGCCUCUCCCUCGACAACAUCCGCGGCGCCUCGAAGCUCUACGCCGUCGCCAAGCCCGCUGAUGCCUUCCGCUUCGACGCCGUGCACGACCAGGGCCCCUGCUCCUUCCACUCGUUCUCCCUUCCCCUGUCGGCCAACAGCAAGCCGCUCUGGUCCGUCGACCUGCGUCCCGUCCAGGCCGCCUUCCAAGCAAAGUACGGCAAGCGUCCCUAUGGCAACGUUGCCUCUGCCCAGGACAAGAGUGGCAACUCGUACGUCAUCUUUGCCCUCGGUGCCCCCGCCAUCGCCAAGGUGUCCGCCGACGGAAAGACGGUCGAGCCAUGGUUCCUGGAGAAUGGCAACGGCGGCCAGCGGCCCGGCUACACGGGCGUGACGUACCUGCCCGACAUUGACGCCAUCGUCGCCUUUGGCGGCCCGCGGCCCCUCACCCUCUUCCGCUUCUCCGACGCCACCCCCACGGCGCACGCCGUCACGGUGCGCGGCAGCUUUGGCAGCCUCGACGGCACGGAAAAGAUCAAGACGGUGCCCUCGCAGAACAACUCUGGCUACCGCCUCGUCGGUGCAAAGGCUCCGCAGAUCUACAGCUUUGCAUCCACCGAUGGCUGGAACAGCGUCACGUUCAAGACGUUUACCCGAAACGAGUUCAACUCCAACAGCCUCACCAGCAUCGUCGAGGGCAAGAACGGUGGCCAGUCGGGCAUCUUUGGCACGGGCGCCUACUUUGGCGAGGGCGCCCACGGCGGAAGGACGACGUUCCCCGCCUACCGCAUUGACAACUCGCUCCUCAACUAAAGUGUCGGUCUGCCUUCUCAUCAGUGCGCUGCUAGUAAGGCGCCCCCGCCUCUGCAAAGGAGGAAGUCACGGAACACUGAGUAGCUUCAUUCCCCCCUUUCUCUCUAUCUCUCUCGUUUGCAAAGCAGGACAAUCAGCCAUCUCAAUCAUACUCUCUUACUCCAUCAUCUCAAUCUUUCUCCUUGCUCUUGAUCCAACCUCUCUCUCACCACCAUCUUGCCCGCGUGGCGUGACUGCACCCUGACGCUGAUCGCGGCGUGCACAAAAAAGCAGAAAAGACAACACAAGAUCGACAUUUGAGGAAUAGACCAGAGAGAUUAAGAGACAUCAACAACGUAAGAAGGGAAAAGCGUGGGACGUGACAACAAAAGGAAAGAGACAGUAGAG